GCCGCUUCUGCUUCAGGGUUGGAGAGGAAGAAGCUAGGGCCAGUCCACAGCACUGAGAAAGCUUGGAUGAUGCUAGCGCUGAAAAAAUGUGGCCCAGGCAAACAUCAGCUGGAAGCAGAGGGGUCGGGGUGGAACAUGCAGGCUGCAGAGCAUCCAUGGAACUGGAAAAGAAGGAGCCCUCAAGUUGGGGGAAGCCAGCAUUUCUCUUUGGAAUACAAUGGAAUCCUUUAUGAUGCCAGUGUCAGGCACUGGCCUGAGUUCCCUUAUGCUGUAAGACAACAAGACUCUGUCACCCAUGGUCCUAGAUGUUGGGGAUACAAUCUGGUUCAUGAUUUAUUCAAACUGAUAUUUCGAUGAGCCAUUUGAGCACUGGAUACAAAUGUAUUUUGGAUCAAAGAAACACCAGUAUUCAAAGAUAGAAACUUACAGGAUUUUAGGUCACUUCCUGGGUCACCACCUAAAGGGGAAAAAGACCUCGCUUUGGAGAGUGGCAAUAAAACGCUUGUGGAGAAGGAUACACGCUUUUCCGGGAAAGUGAGGCCACCAUGGCUCUGGAUAAGUCUGUCAUCCUGCUCCCUCUGCUUGUCCUGGUGCUGCUGGUGCUGGGCUGCCUGGGCAGGGAAUCCCGGGCCAAGAAAUUCCAGCGGCAGCACAUGGACUCAGGCAGUUCCCCCAGCAGCAACUCCACCUACUGCAACCAAAUGAUGAAGCGCCGGAGUAUGACACACGGGCGGUGCAAACCAGUGAACACCUUUGUGCACGAGCCCCUGGUAGAUGUCCAGAAUGUCUGCUUCCAGGAAAAGGUCACCUGCAAGAACGGGCAGACCAACUGCUUCAAGAGCAAGUCCAGCAUGCACAUCACAGACUGCCGCCUGACAAACGGCUCCAGGUACCCCAACUGUGCAUACCGGACCAGCCCGAAGGAGAGACGCAUCAUUGUGGCCUGUGAAGGGAGCCCAUAUGUGCCAGUCCACUUCGAUGCUUCUGUGGAGGACUCAACCUAAGGUCAGAGCAGCGAGAUACCCCACCUCCCUCAGCCUCAUCCUUUCCACAGCUGCCUCUUCCCUCUUCCUUCCCUGCUGUGAAAGAAGUAACUCCAGUAGGGCUCCUAGUCAACACGCUCAUGCUUCCUUUUCCUGAGUCCCACCCCUGCGUGAUUUUGGGGGUGAAGAGUGGGUUGUGAGGUGGGCCCCAUGUUAACCCCUCCACUCUUUCUUUCAAUAAAACACAGUUGCAGGCACUUGA